CGUUCUACGUGUCAACACACAACAAGGAGGAAAAAAUUGGAAAAUUUCAUCCAUUUUCCCUGCGGUAAAUGACCGACAAUUACUGCAAUAACCAUCGAAUUUGUGCAAUUUUAAGAGCAAAUUUAAGUCACAAGUGUGCACUAGCAAGUGGUGAAUCGAUUGUGAUAAGAAAAGCUUGACAUCGUCGCCGCAGGAAUGCUAACUAACUUUGAAACGAAAUCCGCCCGGGUGAAGGGCCUCUCGUUCCACCCGAAGCGGCCGUGGAUCUUGGCCAGUUUGCACAGCGGUGUGAUCCAGCUGUGGGAUUACCGUAUCAGUACGCUGAUCGAGAAGUUUGACGAACAUGACGGACCGGUUCGUGGAAUUGCCUUCCACAGCCAGCAGCCGCUGUUUGUUUCUGGAGGUGACGACUUUAAGAUUAAAAUGUGGAACUACAAGCAGCGGCGGUGCAUCUUCUCGCUGCUAGGCCAUCUGGACUACGUCCGGACGACGGUGUUCCACCAUGAGUAUCCAUGGAUUCUGAGUGCGUCGGAUGAUCAAACGAUCCGGAUUUGGAACUGGCAGUCGCGAUCAUGUAUUUGUGUCCUUACCGGACACAAUCAUUACGUGAUGUGUGCUCAGUUCCAUCCGUCGGAUGACAUCAUCGUUUCGGCUUCGUUGGAUCAGACCGUGCGAAUCUGGGACAUUUCCGGAUUAAGGAAGAAAAAUGUAGCGCCAGGCCCGUCCGGAUUGGAUGACCAUUUGAAGAAUCCGACUGCAACGGAUCUGUUUGGGCAAGCCGAUGCCGUUGUAAAGCAUGUUCUGGAGGGACACGAUCGUGGGGUUAAUUGGGCCCAUUUCCAUCCGACGUUGCCACUCAUUGUGUCCGGAGCGGACGAUCGGCAGAUUAAGCUAUGGAGAAUGAAUGAAUACAAGGCUUGGGAAGUCGAUACUUGCCGAGGCCAUUACAACAAUGUGUCCUGCGUGCUCUUCCAUCCGAGGGCUGAGCUUAUUGUAUCCAAUAGCGAGGACAAGAGUAUUCGAGUUUGGGAUAUGACCAAGCGGCAGUGUAUCCAUACCUUCAGAAGGGAACAUGAACGCUUCUGGAUCUUGGCUGCUCAUCCGAAUUUGAAUCUGUUUGCAGCCGGGCAUGACUCGGGCAUGAUCGUAUUCAAGCUGGAACGUGAGCGUCCAGCUUACGCAGUCUACGGAAACUGCUUGUACUACGUGAAGGAUCGAUUCCUGCGAGAGCUGGACUUCAACACUACAACCGAUUCGGUAGUAAUGACCAUCCGCGGCGGGGGAAAGACCCCGGUCUACAGCAUGUCAUACAACCCAGCUCUGAAUGCGGUUCUUCUUUGUACCAGAACUUCCAACCUGGAGAACAGCACCUAUGAUCUGUAUAGUAUCCCCCAGAAGGAUAGCAAUUCACAGAACAAUGAAACCGAUAGUAAACGCUCUUCGGGUAUGACCGCCGUUUGGGUCGCUCGUAAUCGUUUCGCCGUUCUGGACCGCUCCAAUCAACUGGUGAUCAAAAACUUCAAGAACGAGGUCACCAAGAAGAUCCAAACACCCGUUUGCGACGAAAUCUUCUACGCUGGAACGGGAAUGCUCCUUCUGCGUGAACCGGAGCAUGUGACCCUGUUCGACGUUCAGCAGUUGCGCACCCUGGCCCAGGUUAAGAUUGCAAAGUGCAAGUACGUUGUCUGGUCGGCCGAUAUGAGCCACGUCGCCCUGCUGGCCAAGCACACCCUGAACAUAUGCAACCGUCGGUUGGAUCUCUUGUGUUCGAUUCAUGAAAGCGCCCGCAUCAAGAGCGGUGCCUGGGACGAGUCCGGAGUAUUCAUCUACACCACCUCGAACCACAUCAAAUACGCUAUCAUCAACGGAGAUCAUGGAAUCAUCCGUACACUGGACCUCCCGAUCUACAUAACUCGGGUUAAGAACAGCCAGGUGUUCUGCUUGGAUCGUGAGUGUCGCACUCGCGUUCUGAACAUCGAUACCACCGAGUACAAGUUCAAGCUGGCUCUGAUCAACCGCAAGUACGAGGAAGUGCUGCACAUGGUUCGGAAUGCUCGGCUGGUCGGACAAAGUAUCAUCGCUUAUCUGCAGCAGAAGGGCUACCCGGAAGUGGCUCUGCAUUUUGUCAAAGACGAGAAGACUCGUUUCGGUUUGGCGCUGGAGUGCGGUAACAUCGAAGUUGCACUGGAAGCUGCCAAGGCUUUGGAUGAUAAGCAAUGCUGGGAGCGACUGGCCCAGACCGCUCUUAUGCAGGGUAACCACCAGGUCGUAGAAAUGUGCUACCAACGCACCAAAAAUUUCGACAAACUAUCCUUCCUUUAUCUGAUUACCGGCAACCUAGAGAAGUUGAAGAAAAUGAACAAAAUCGCCGAAAUUCGCAAGGACGUUUCGGCUCAGUACCAGGGAGCUCUGUUGCUAGGGGACGUUAAGGAGCGCGUGUCGAUCCUCAAGAACUGCAAUCAGACGUCGCUGGCUUAUCUGACCGCCAAGACUCAUGGUCUGGAAGAGGAUGCUAAUCAAUUGGCUGAAACAAUCACCGCAGCCGAAAAGGACCUGCCGGAGGUAAAUCCAAAUGCCCAAUUCCUGCGGCCACCGGUUCCGAUCCAGCAGGCCGAGAGCAAUUGGCCUCUGCUAACCGUAUCGAAGGGUUUUUUCGAGGGAACGAUGAUGUCCCGUGGAGCUGCCACCGUUCAUCAAGCGCUGGCUGCCACGGAAACCGUCGCAGAGGCAGCGGACGAGGAUGGUUGGGGCGUGGAUGAUGACUUGAGGGACGACGACAAGUUCGAAGACGCGAAGGACGACGAUGAUAUCAAGGUCGAAGGAGGAGAAGGUGCCGGUUGGGAUGUUGGCGAUGAAGAUCUUGAACUUCCGGAAGAACUUAUGUCCAAGAUUUCCGCUAGUGCAGCUGGAGAUAAAGGGUUCUACGCCGUUCCACCGAAGGGACUACCACCGUCCCACUUCUGGACUAUCAACUCUCAACUGGCAGCGGAUCAUGUCCGCGCCGGGUCCUUCGAAACUGCAUUCCGCCUGUUGCAUGACCAAAUUGGAGUUGUCAACUUUGCCCCCUACAAGGACCUCUUCCUGGAAUCUCAUCUCGGUUCCAAAACCUCCUACACUUGCCUUCCGAACGUGGGUCCGCUAGCAGCGCAUCCGAAUCGUAACUGGAAGGAACUGAACAUCAAAAACUGUCAUCCUACCCUAGCAUUCAAAUUGAACGACCUAGUCCAAAGCCUACAAUCCUGCUACCAACUAACCACAACGGGCAAAUUCACCGAAGCAGUUGAAAAACUCCAACACAUCAUCCUCUGCAUCCCUCUUCUGGUGGUAGAAUCGCGCCAGGAAAUCGCCGAAGCUCAGCAACUCUUAACCAUCUGUCGCGAAUAUGUCGUCGGUCUGCAGAUGGAAACCAUCCGCAAAGGCCUCCCGAAGAACACCCUCGACGAGCAAAAACGAAUUUGCGAACUGGCCGCUUACUUCACGCACGUCAACCUUCAACCGGUCCAUCAGAUUCUCACCCUCCGAACGGCGCUCAAUCUAUUCUUCAAACUGAAAAACUACAAAACUGCUGCAUCCUUUGCGCGUCGCCUGCUAGAGCUCGGCCCACGACCAGAAGUCGCCCAGCAAGCACGAAAAAUCCUUCAAGCUUGCGAAAUGAACGAAAGCGACGAGCAUGCACUGCAGUACGACGAACACAAUCCGUUCACCCUGUGUGCCGUGACGUACAAGCCCAUCUACCGGGGCAAGCCAGAGGAGAAAUGCUCACUAUGUUCCGCCUCCUAUCUGCCACCCUAUAAGGGAGUGACGUGCGUCGUUUGCCGAGUAGCCGAAAUAGGUAAAGACGUGAUUGGACUGAGGAUCAGCGCCUCGCAGUUCAAAUAGGGACUGUUUGCUCUUUCCGCGGUACUGAAUUGAAAAGAAGGGGCAUUUUAGUGUUUUCUAUAUCAAAUACGAUAAACGUUUUAUUGAAUAGUUAUUACAAUACCCUACAAGCUAUAAACACUAACACAUAAUAUUCCAUUAAAAAUCUACAUUUACGUGAUUGUAUUGUGAAACGUCUCAAGAUUGAUGCUGUCUGUAAAGGUCAAAUCAAUAAUAAACAUUGCUAUACUAGUUUGUAGGUGUUGCCACACGUAAGCCAAA